AUGAACCAAUGCAAGCCUGUUGUUGGAAGUCAAGUUGCUAUACUCUAUACAGGAUUAUACCUUGUUGCAUUAGGAACAAGUGGUAUUAAAGCGGUGUUACCAGCCUUAGGAGCUGAUCAAUUUGAUGAUAAAGAUCCAAAGGAAGCAUCUCAAUUGUCGAGUUUUUUUAACUGGUUCUUGUUUAGUCUUACAACAGGAGCAAUAGUUGGUGUUACUGUCAUUGUUUGGAUUAGUACUAAUCAAGGAUGGUAUUGGAGUUUUAUUGUCUGCACUAUUGCAGUCUUGUUCUCAAUUCUGUUUAUUUGUAUGGGAAAGUCAUUAUAUAGAAAUAAUACUCCUAAGGGAAGUCCUCUAAUAAGAAUCAUACAGGUGAAUAAAGUUACUAUUAUUGUAUUUUACUUUUUCUAUAUGAUUCAAAAUGUUAUUGUUUAA